ACAUAUCUUAGAUAAACAUUAACCUGUAGUUUCAGUGCAGUAUUAACUAAGAUAACUUAUCACAAGGACGUUCAAUGUGUAUUGCCUCUUACUACACGUUUAAAUACAGUGAUUACACAAAAUAGUUCGGAUAAUAUAUAGCAUCAGUAGCCGAGUUCAACCGUGGUGACUUGACCCUUUUAGGUACCAGUAUCAAUUUCACGAUUCGGAAAUGUCAAGCGGAGAUCGAUUUAAAGACAAGGUUGCCAUUGUUACUGGUGGAUGCUGUGGUAUUGGUCGCGGAUGUGCGGAUGUUCUUGCCGACCAUGGUGGACAAGUAGUCGUCCUAGAUGUAAAUGAUGAGGUCGGUACUAAAUUAAACCAUACAAAUAUGCAUUAUAUACGCUGUGACAUGACAAAAGAAGACGAAAUAAAGAAUGUCAUUGAAGAAGUUGUCAGGAAAUAUGGAAAAAUUGAUUGCUUAGUAAAUAAUGUUGGAGGUCAUCCAGGAUAUACGAACAUCGAUGAAUUAAGUGUUCAAAGUUUCAAAGAUCUUCUAAAUUUGAACCUUGUCAGUUACUUCACAGCAAGCAAAUACGCACUUCCGCACUUGCGCAAGACAAAGGGAAGUAUUGUUAAUAUAACAAGUAUAAGUGGACACGCUGGAACUGCAAACUCGCCAUCUUACUGUGCAACAAAGGGUGGUGGCAUAUCGUUAACAAAGGCUCUUGCGAUUGACGAAGCUAAACAUGGUGUCCGAGUCAAUGCAAUAUCUCCGAGCGCGGUAAAUACACCACUGUAUCGCAGAGUUAUCGCCGAAAGUGGAGACGCGGAGGAAACAAAUAAAGUAGUAGCUUCAUUCACUCUGCUAAAUCGAGUAUCAGAACCAAGAGAGAUGGGCAUGGCAUGUCUUUUCUUGGCUGUGGAUGCCACUUUCACGACCGGGGAGGAGCUUAUGUGUACUGGUGGAUCGGAGAUAGGAUAUGGUGUCAAAGGCCUUAUAAAAGUCUAAAAAUAGCUGAUAAAACGUUAUCGUUAGAAAUAACAUCAUAUGUAUUAGUGGAACGAUUUAUCAAAAGAAUAUUUGUCUAUAGUUAGUAUACAAAUGAUGUAAUAAGAAAAUAAAUUCGUAAACGUUAGAUAGAUUCUAUAAAAUUUAUAAGUGAAAGAUGAAACAAUAAUGCAAUAUCUUUGGAAAAAAAGUAAAUUUAUUGUGAAAGUUAGUUAAAAGUUUAAAUCGUUAGUUUAUUAUUAUGAAAAUGUACGUUUUUAACGAACUGGAAUUUUAUUAAAUAAACAAAGAGAAAUACA